AUGUCCGCCAACCCGGAACCUGAGGGCGUCAUUCCCUUUCCCUACCAAGGCGAGACCUUCCAGACCUACUACAAGGUCUUCGGCAGCCUCCAAACCCGCACGCGCCCCCCGGUCGUCGUCAUUCACGGGGGCCCCGCGCUCUCACACGACUACCUGCUCCCGCUCGCGGACCUCACCGAGCAAUCCUUCCCCGUCAUCCUGUACGACCAGCUUGGAAACGCGCGCUCGACGCAUCUCCCCGACAAAGAACUCACGUUUUGGACGAUCGAUCUCUUCCUCGACGAGCUCGACAAUCUCCUCACCCACUUCGGCAUUCAGGAUGCGUACCACAUCGUAGGGCACUCCUGGGGUGGAAUGAUGGCGGCGGAAUUCGCGGUGCGGAGGCAGCCCACGGGGUUGCAACGUCUCGUGAUCGCUGAUGCCCCAGCGGAGGCCUUGAUGUGGGGCAAGUCGUUCACGGAGUUGUUGGAGAAAUUUCCUCAGCCUGUCAAAGACGCGAUCUCAAAGGGGUUCGAGGAUCGGGAGGGGUAUUGGAAAGCCCUCCUGGAGAUAUACGCCGUGCACAGUUGCAGGGUGAAGCCGUUCCCGAAGGAGCUGGAGUACUCGCUGCUGCAGGUGUACGGCGAGGACGCCGACCGGACUGUAGAUAAAGCUCCAAUGUUGCACGGAUGGACAAUCAUUGACCGUCUACACCUCAUAAAAGUGCCGACUCUUGUGAUUAACGGUCGCUACGACAUCGCGCAGGAUUGGGUCAUCAAGCCCUUCGCAUAUAACAUCCCGAAUUCGACGUGGAUCACCUUCGAGGCGUCCAGUCAUACCCCCUUCUGGGAGGAGCGGGAGCGGUUCAUGCAGGUCGUUGGCGAGUUUCUGCAAAACUGAAAAUAGUCAGGACGUCUCCCCGAGGCUUUGCAGAUAGACUAGACACAUCACCGAGAACUAGCAACUAAAAC